AUGUCGUGUGAUCCAGAUGUUGUCCAGAUCAUUGGGUCUGAUAACUGUGUUAAUUACUUCGUGACUGCCCUCAGUCUUGUCAUGGAUGAAUUGCCCAACUAUUCUGCAAAACACUUUGAGCAACCUGCAGUAUCCAAUUUUAUUACUCUUUAUGCGGUUUUAUGGAACGUUACAGACAAAAGUUGCGAUGUGUGCAACCGUUUUGUUUUGGCGGAUGCAUAUAUAACUAUGUGGAAAUUACUUUCUAAAGAGGAACUCUCCUCUGCCAUCUACAAGUAUACCAACGCUAGACUGCUUGUUCAUUGUUCUCUGGGUAUACUCCACAACUUGCUCCUUUACUGUCCCCGGGCACGGGAUGACUAUCGUGCGUGCGGUGGUGUAAAGAUUUUGGACCCAUACGUAGUUGAUGCUUAUGUUUCGGAUGAUUAUGAUUUUAACCCAUUAAUUCCUUUGAAAACAGCUGCUCUCUUUACUUUGGCUGCGAUCGUGAAUGAAAACGAGAAUGUUUCAAUCAUUACAACAGAUCAAGGAGUGCUAACUUAUAUUCUCUCAGCAUUGCGUGAUUCUUUGCAAUCACCCCCCGAUUACUAUUCAACAAAUUAUGGUUAUCACGCAGCUGAGGUGUUUGGGUGUCUCAGCUGCCUAGCUGGACUUGAAUCAAAUAAACGAAGUCUUUUUGAAAAUAAUGCUUUGGAACUCAUAUCAACCGCACUUCAGAUCACACUUAUGGUGAAGAAUGGCUCCAUUAAAAUGGUUUCCAAAGCGGCAACAAGUUCAAGAGACAGCUACAAGUUUUCUGAAGAUACAUUGGCAAAGGAGGCCAUUGAUUUGCUAUGGCAUUUAACCUGCCUUCCUGAAGCUCGUGAUCAACUUAAAGAAACCUCAGAUUUGUAUAAACUCUGCGCGCAAUUUAAUGAUGUAAAGUGGACGUCUGAGUGCCGAAAAUCGGUACAGGCACUAUUUUGUACGCUUUCACAGCAGAGGAAUUGGCUGGAUGAGUGUGGCAAUCUUGAUACUUCUGCAAUUACUGCAUCUCCAAAACCACGUGGUCAUGUGAUGAUAAGCUACAACAACAUGGCGCAGAAUCUUGUAUCCAGGCUGAAGGAAGCACUUAGUCUGCGGGGCUGGAACGUUUGGAUCUUUACCGAGCAUUGUCAGCACGGGUCCUUCUUGGAGCAAAUGGCAGAGGCGGUUUUCGAUUCUGCCGCGCUGAUCCUCUGUUUGAGUUCUUUCUACAACAACUCUUGCCACUGCAUCAAAGAAGUGAUCUCAGCGUAUGAGUAUCGCAUACCUCUACUACCGGUAGUGGUAGAGAGUGACUACGUUCCAAUCAAUUUCCUUCGUUUCCUUCUCACCGGAGUGCAGCCCAUCCAGCUCUACAACGACUACCAGGUGGAUGAUGCGGCGGACAAGUUGACAGAGCAACUUCGGUGCUAUGGCGUGAUGCGGGAGGGUGCCAACGUGAGCCAGUCGCGCCCCCGAACGGGCUGCGUCUCUCGACGCAAUCAGCCUCCCUCCAUAUCGAUCGACGCCGUCAAGAGGCAUCAGCGCUCCCGCUCCGACUGUCUCAACGGCAUAUUUUCCAAUCGCCAAUCCUCUGAGCCGACGCAGUUAUCCAUCUCAACGGCGCAAGCCGCGGCGAUUCCGGCGCGUUUGGUUCUGGCCUCUUCAAGUGCGAGUCCGCGAGGGCAACAGCAAGAGAGCGCGUACUUCUUCACCUCCACUCCGCACAUUGACACGGCGUCAGCAUCGUGCAGCUCUGCGGCUAUCACAACGGUUCACCUGCCGGCGCCGCUGGAGGCCUAUUUGGUAGAGCAGAUCCCUUCAAAGGCGGUGCGUGGGUGGCAGGAGGAACAGGUGCGCCAGUGGCUGGCGGAGCACUCGCUUGCUCACUAUGCACACGCCUUUGCGUGCAUUAACGGAUUGCAGCUCUACGAACUCGCCUGGCAGAGGAUCCGCGGUUGCGACUCCUUCUUCCGAAACCUCAGUUUUGGCAUGCACAUGCCCCUUUACGAGCAGCUCCUCCUCUCCAGUGCCCUCGCCAGUCUCCACAAUUAUCCUGACCCCUCGCCCUCCUCUUAG